AUGCAACAAAGAAGUAUUUUGUUGUACCUUUUUGUCUACUCAUCUGUUUCAAUCGUCGUGUCGUCGUCGUUUGUGAAUUAUGCGCCCGGAUAUGAAUACCUGUAUACUCUCAACUCAAUCAUAGAACUGAAAGGAGUACACACAUUUCUAGCAAAUGGAAAGAUUGGUUUUGUCAACGUUGCAGACAAUGAUAAUUUCCAAGAGCUACUGUUAAUUGUGCAUGACCUAACAUUCAGCUCCGAAGCUCACCCAGGGUCAUUAAAAUACAUAGCUUUUAAUAAUCUAGCACAAAUGGUAAAGUUAUACAAAUAUUUUAAGCUCAAAGACAGUAUUUUAUUCACAGAAGCAAGCAAUCACAAGUACGAUUUCUCAAAAUGGUUUUCUUUUGAGAUAAGCCACCGUGGAGAAAUUGGAAAGGUAUUUCAUCAGCCAAAUGAAGAACAUGAAAUUUUAAUGGUUAAGAAAGGAUUUGCGAGCAUGCUUUCAGCAAAACUUCAUCAUCGACACGAAGUAAUCAUCGAGCAUGAAUCCAAUAUACACGACAGCUGGCGAUAUGAAACAAAUGAACUUGGACGAGAAGGUUUUCACAAUGCAAAAUAUACAGUAAACAAAACGACAUCUGGGUUUGAGUACGUGAAGACAAGAAACAAAACAAAUGUUAAGUCAUUUAACGGUAAUGGUACAUAUGCAAAGAUUUUGCACUUCCACGAAGACUUGAACACAAUUCAUAGUGUUAUGAUUGAAGAAGAUGUUAACAUUGACUUUUCAACAAAGGCAGGAUUUAAUCCUUUUUAUGGAAUGCGACCGGUGCAAGCUACGACUGGCUUUUCAGAAAUGGGUUUUCCGUCAAUAAUCGCCAGCUCAAAGGACAGACUAAUAUUUUUGAAGAAAACACAGUUUACAGCCAAAUCAACAAAACCACUGAGUCUCAAAACCGGAAGUAUUCAUCACACCAUUAAGCUGACAAAAAGGAGUGACUCAAAGACAAAAAGUGACAUUAAGGAUGCAUUGUCUUACAUUGCUGGAAACCUGUCUUGCAUUCGUCACCAACCAGAAAAAGGUUCCCCUGAGGUCGGAACUUGUUUUCAUAAUUUGGUUUUGGCACUUGAAGUGAUGGAUGAGUCAGAUGUUGAAGACAUCACAGAUGACUACUUUUUGACAGCGUACGUAUUGUUAUGUAUGAUGUACGUGAUGAAACGAACGAAUAAAGGCGACAUAAAAACAAUAGCUGAUGCAUUAGUAGCAAUAAAUUAUCAAAGGAUAAUAGUGGAUAAAGUACUGAAUAAUUUGCGUGUAGAUGAGGAACUCUUAAUGAGUGUACUUACAUCACUCACGUCUAUGGACAAUGCACCAACACCGGAGCUUUUGACGACAAUAGAAAAGUUUUGCUUCAAAGGAAGACGUUCAGAAAACAUACUACUUUCUCGAGAUAUCAGAUAUGUGUCUUGUUUAACAUUUGGGGGACUAGUUGGAAGUGUGAGGAAGUACGGUCAACCUGAAUACGCCGAACAGCUCGUGCAAUAUCUCCAUGAUGAGCUAGGACUACAUGAUCCAUGGUUAUUUGAGAUGAAAAGAUCAGUUAUGACAGAGGUUGAAAGUGUAGAGCAUGAUCACAAUAAAGUUGUACUCCUUGAUGCCAUCGGCAAUGCAGGAUUACCUGUGUCGUAUGAGCAUAUAUUGUCACACAUCAAUUCAACAAACUCACAAUGGAUCAAACGUACAGGAAUUCAUGCACUUAGAAAAUUCCAUGACAUUAAGACGUUGCAGCAACUUGAGAGAGUGGCUUUGUAUGAUGAUGAUGAUACUGUACGCUAUGAAGCACUUCUCCAAUAUCAAGCUCAUCCAUUAGCAAACGUAGACAGCACUGGCGAUGGAACAGGACUUGCCCGCGCAGGAAUUUCAAAACGAUCAAUACUUGACGCGGAGCUUGCAUUUAGACUUGAAGCCCCAGGGGUUGACUGGCGCAAACAGAUUGGAUCAAGUUCAAUUGGUGCUUCGUUUGGCUUGAUAAUGGAAAAUCUCCUUGAUGUGAAAAUGUCCUUGAUAAAAGGGAGUGUAGAUGUGAGAGUACAUGAUGAAGCUUAUGUAAAGAUCCAUUUGGGAUUUAUUGGCAAGAGCGUUGACUUCUUUCUAGCAAGAAUAUGCUUCAAAGGCGGAGCGAAGUACGCGCUUAAUAUAUUUAAGGAACUUGAUCCAAAACUGGCCUUUGACCUCAUAAAAGAGUUCAUCAGCAUAGUGAACAACGUUGUUGGUGCUGUGAAGAAAGGUGUGGAAGCAUUCAAGAGAAUUAUAUCUACCGACUUCUCUCUUAAGGAUAUUGUUGACAAUUUUGUCAAGUCCGUCGGCGAAAUGCCAGAAAAGUCAAUAGUGCAAGCCGUUAAAGUUGUAAUUCCAAAAGCAGCAAAGGACGUGUUUGUAGCGAUGCAAGACAUAAUCGACGGAUUCAUGAAUAUUUAUAAAGACCAUAAAACAUCGCUUUUUAACAUUGGUGCAGGUGUUAUAAGAAUAUACGCGAACAUCAACAUCCUGAAAGACGCGAAAAACGAAAUUAUGAAUCAUGCAUUCCUAAAUGGAGGAGAAAAACCUUAUUGGACUGAUCUUACUGAAGACGUAGAGACCAUAGUCAAACUUUACCAUGACGCUGAAAAAGCAAUCAAAGACAAAGGACCAGGCUGGCUCAAAGAAACAGUCGAAAACGACAUAGCAAACAAAGUUACAAAGGGCAAAACAACCCUGAAAAUUAUAAAACAGAAAAUUCAAGUUGAAAUUGAAAGUGAGAUGAAAUCCUUAAUAGCAACCUUCAGUUCAUUGCGAGACAUAGGCGGAGAUUUUCUGAAACGCUUCAAAGUUCUGUCCGAUAUCUACAAGGAUCUCAAAGAAGCAUAUGUGUCUUUGAAAAAAGGGUACGAAUUUGCAAGAUCAUUGGAAGAUCGUAUAUAUGGAACAAAGUUUCACAAAGAUUUUCCUCGAGAAAAACGUGUGAGUGGCAGCGGAUGUAGCGGGAACGGGUUUUAUCCCUCAGCCCUAGGUAAUGGAAAUAACGAAUACAAAACUGAAGGAAUCGAUCUUUUAAAUAAAACUGGUGGACAGCUUGUUGCUCCAUUUUCUGGGACAGUUAUUCGUUCAGGAAACGAAAAUGAAAUAAUCCUUUUGGAGAUUGGAGAACUUCCUCCAGGGUCCGAAUUGAUAAUUACAAACAUUGACCCUGAAGAAGAUAUCAUGCACCCAGAUGAUCCAGCUUACGAUGAAAAGAAGGUAGCUGCUGGUGUAGUCAUUGGAACCGUGACGAAAUCUCCAUGUGGCGACUACAAUCAUAUCCAUCUGUCUAUAAGGAGAGAAGGUGGUUUUGUUGACCCAAGCGACUAUGUGCCACAAAGACGGACGGGUGAAACUGUUGUAAGUGGUGUAUUAGUCGGUCCAAAUGGCAGAACGGAAGAUGAUACAUCGAAAGAGGUUCAAGAAGAUGAGUCCCUUGCUACGGAUGCUAUGGACGAGGCUGAUAAGCCAGGACAAGAUGUCGAAGAAAUAAGAGUGGCAUCACUGGAAACUCUCAUUAACAAUAUCAAGGGGUUUCUGAAACGAUUUUCUGUUCGCCGAAUCAAGAUGGGCCAAAUCAUCAAAUUUCUAGACGAUUUAGGACUUGACAAAACAAAAGAAAAGAUGUCACAAUUGAUGAACACGGUUAAGGAAGCAAUAGAUCAUGAAACCUGUGGUAGUCCAUAUCAAAUGACGGAUGAUGAGUUAGAGAAUGCACUGUUGAACAGAGGAAAGCAAGCCAAGGGCAGCAGAGAUGAUAUGAUAAAAGAACUUCUACAUGUUGAACACAACUGUCCAUUUAUUUCAUUUACAUUACCUACUACUGAACUGUUGUAUUGCACACUUGAUGAGAAGUGCUUAGGACUUGAGUGUUGCCUAACACUUGAAGCAUUCGAUAUGCUACAAAAGACGUUCACAGUUUACGUGCGAUUAGACCCAGAUCCUCUUGCUUUAUCCUUUGGUGUGGAUUCUUGGAACUAUGUGAUUAAUUCAAACAAGCUUGAAGGCGAAGUAGAGGAUGGGUUGAAGACAAAUCUGGAUUUCGAAUUUUUAGAUGGGCAAGAAAUCAUUGUCAAGUAUAAAAUACACACCUCGAUAAAAGGAUUGAGGUUAUCAUUUGGUGUCGGACUGUGUGAUACAGAUGACUUCGACGAAUGUUUGACAUACACAGAGUUACUUAAAGAUGCUAUAUUCCCGUUUCCAAGAGUGAAUGAAGAUGGAACUAUAACAUACGAACUGCCGGAUUUCUCAGACUAUGUUGACGAUAUUAAAGAAAAUUUAAUUGAAGGUGGCCAAGAAGUGCUAGAUGUCGCCGUUGACGCGGCCGUAGAAAAUUUUCUUGAUUUGUUAGGAAUUCCAGAGGAUCUUCUGCUAAAUGGACCUCCUUGUCGAACUCCUGAGAAUAUGGAUAAGGCCGACUUGAUUGAAUACCUCAAUGAUAGGCAAUUACCUACUGAUGGUUCAAAGGAAGAAUUGAACAAGAGGUUCUGGAACAGUGAACUAAGUUGUAGUCUUAACGGAAAAGAUAUUCAUCUUCCUGGAAUUCAAGUCAACUUUUUACAUUAUUACAUUUCUGAAAACUGUAUGCGUAUUGAUGCAUGUGCAGAACUACAAAUUCCUGGACUCGAUAAAUCACGAUCAUUCUCAGCGUACGUCGAACUUGACCCAUGCCGAUAUGUAAUAACUGCAGCUUUUGAGGGAAUGGACAUUACAGUUAUACUGUUUGAAUAUGAUUGGGGUAAAGAUGAGAUCAUUGAGCUUGCAUCGGAUUUCAAAAUAACGUUUAAUAUUGGGAAAGAUGACGUGCAGAAAAUUUUCAAAAUUGGUCUAGGAGUCAAACUUGGUGCUGUAGACAUUGAUAUAAAAUUACUGGAAGGCUUUGAAGUUCCUAUUCCUGUCUGCAAUGGCAAUUUUUCACUGCAAGGAAGCCUUCCGAGUAUAGCAGACGCGCUUGGCGGAGAAAUAAACAGAGAAGUGUUUGAUCUUCUGUUAAAACAGCUUGGAAUCGACGAAAUCAUUAGAGAAGGGUCUUGUACAUUACCUCCGCCUCCUACAGGUUGCCCUCCCUCAAUGGAUAUUUCGAAUAUGAUACCUCCAUUUAUGAAGGAUUUUCUUCGUUGCGAGCUAGCUGACAAUUGUUUCGGCAUUUCAUGCUGAGUAGAAAUUGGCUUUACAAUACCGUUGUCGUCUGUGGAAGUAGAAAUAUCAUUUCCGGUUUGGUUUAAAAUGGACCCCUGUGAUUUCCAUGUAGACACUGGAAUAAGUGCACUGCAAUUUGAAGAACAGCUUCUCAAAUAUGAGUGGGGGAAAGAAUCUUCAGUGUCGAUUGGUUCAGGCAAAGAAGCGCCCAUAAAAAUUAUUUAUGCAAUAGACAACUAUGAGGAUGGAUUUAUCAUAGACCUCCGUGUAGAGAUAUGCUUACCGAUGGCUGGUAAAAAGUUCUGCAUUCCUGAGGAUGGCCUUUCAUUGUUAAACGGAGAAAAGAUUCCCGCAUGCAGUCUAACUGCUCGGACAAAUCUAACAGACUUUUCAUUUAAAGAAUGGAUGGAAUCGAAAGGAGAAAAUGUGGGUGAAGAACUUUCUAAUGCUGGCAGAGACGCACUCAUAGAUAUUCUUGGUUUGAAUGACCUUCUUCUGUCUCCACCAUGCGACCGAAAAAGAAGUCCUUAUAGUCCUUCAGUGAGCGGAUGGCAUAACAUGUGCCCACUAAGUUUCGUAAAUCCUCCUACGUUGCCAAGCAUUGUGUCCUGCAGUGUACCAGAUUACUGUACCGGCAUAAACUGUUGUCUGGAUCUAGGAAAAAUUGGACUUUCAAUCAAAGCCUACAUUGAUGUCAAUAUGUGCAACUACAUUAUAUCUGGCGGAAUAGAAACACAGACAUUCAAGUUUUCACUGUUUAGUUAUGAGUGGGGUAAAACAGAAACGUUUUCUGUCGAAGACUUCUUUCGGAUAAGGUACACCAUAAAGAAGCCCAAUAAUAAAAAGGUUUUUAUCAUCACUUUGGAACUAGCCGUGUGCCUAGAAAAAGAUGGAAGUUGUAUGUUUGAAACAAAGCUAUUAGAUGGUACAAAGGUUCCACAACUUGGAUGUGAUAUGUCCUUUGAUUUUUCAAAUUUUUCUGUAACAUCUUGGCUCGAAAACAACGGCUUAGGAAAUCUCGGUCCAUUAGAUGAUUUAUGGGGAGAUGCUGUACAAUUCGUUGCAGAGGUUAUUGGACUUGACAAGUACUUUUUGGAGGAGCAGUGUGACAUUAAUAAAGAUCCGUUCAAAAAUGCCACGUCAAGCUGGAAUAAUGAUUUUUCUCUAAGUAACUGGUUGAAAGAAAUCGGUCAUACACUAGAUGACAACUUGCCAUCGGCAGUAAUUGCACUGCUUCUUAGUAAGCUAAACAUUGAUAAAUUCCAGCUAAAGCCACCAUGUUCUGCUACCGAUACGACUUAUACAAAUGCAGUCAAUGGGUGGAAUUCAGACUGUAACGCUUCCAUAUCAUUACCUAAACUACCAGAGGAAAUAGUUUGCUACAUGACGGAUUACUGUACAGGCAUAGACUGUUGCAUAUAUGUAGGCAUAUUGAGAACCACGAUUCAUGUUUCAUUCCUACUGGACAUGUGCAAAUAUAAACUUACUAUGGGCAUUGAACGUUUAGAAGAGGAAAUUCUUCUGUUAGACUACAAAUGGGACUUUUCCCUUACUAACUGGAUGGACAACUUAGGCUAUGAAUUAGAUGGUGACACAUUAAAGGACUUUAUGAUUGAGAAAUUGUUCGAUGCACUGGGUAUUGCUAAGUAUCUAGAAGUAACUGAGUGCAACCGGGAACUGUAUCCUUACAUUAAUGCUACAGAUGGCUGGACGACAGAAUGUCCAAAAUCCGCAAAGAGUGGAGCCCUCCCAGAUUUUAUAACAUGUCAUGUACCGUCAUACUGCACAGGUGUUGAUUGCUGUGUGACUGUAGGCUUGGUCAAACGCUCAUUUAAGGUAUACCUGCAUCUGGAUGCAUGUAACUAUGUAUUCACCGUUGGAAUUGAAAAAUUUGGACUAAACAUAUCGCUUCUGGAUUACGUAUGGGGAAGAACAGAAGAAUUUUCACUGUCAGGGGCAUUACGGAUCAGAUAUUCUGUUAUAAAUUUGGAUGCCGAAAAACAGUACGUUCUAAAUUUGAAAAUGUCCAUAUGUAUAAAAUCUGGUGACUGUGAAGAAAAUCUUGUCAUUUUUGAAGAUGCAAGGCUGCCAAAAUUCGGUUGUGAAUGGAAUACGUCAUUAUCAGACUUUAGUCUAGAACAGUAUUUAGAAAGUCUUGGAAGUCAGAUAGGAAACAUUGGGGAUGAUCUACCAGACAUAAUUGCUGAUAAACUUCUUGAACAACUGGGUGUGGCCAUGUAUAUGAAUAGGACACAGUGCCAAUUGUCAGCUGAUAAUAACCUAAUAAACGAUUUUUCGUAUGACAAAUGGAUUAAAGAAAAUACAGACAACGUGACGGAUGAUCUGACUAAUAUUCUAAGAUCAAGAUUGUUCGAGGAACUAGGAAUUACACCGUUUUUACUGAAAGACGAAUGCAAUGUAGAGUUACCUAAUGUUGGAUGGAAAUCUGAUUUCCAACUUGAUGACUGGCUUCAGAAUGAGGGACUGACCUCUUCUUUACUGACGAGCACAGAUAUCGCAAAGCUAUUAGAUACACUUGGAAUAGCUAAAUAUCUCAUACAAGACGGGUGUAGUCACUCUGAAAUUCCAUACAGGGCUGCUCUCAAUGGUUGGAGCAAAGAUUGCCCAUUAGACCUGAUAUUACCGGAUAUGCCUAAAGAACUUCGAUGUUAUAUCCCGAGAUACUGUACAGCUGUAGAAUGCUGCUUGAAUAUCGAUAUACUUCAAAGAGGAUUGAACAUUGUACUAUCUGUAGAUGCAUGCUCAAACAGACUUGUAGUCGGCAUAGAAAACCUGAAACUAAAUGUUUCACUUGUGGAUUACAAUUGGGGUUCUACUGAAGUGAUAUCACUAAUGGGUGUUGUUAAAAUAACAUACAGCAUCCGCAAUUAUGAAGAAAGUAGACAGUAUAGUGUUGAUUUAAGUUUGAAAGUGUGCCUAAGUCAUGAUAAUUGCGGGUUUCAAACGACAUUGUUUGACAAUGCAACAUUAACAAAACCAUUGUGUAAAUGGGAUUCAGGCUUUUUGCUUCCCGAAUUUUCCCUGGAAAACUGGUUCAAUAAAAACAGCGUAACGGACGUAACUAAUAUUAUGCCCGAUGUUAUUGACAAGCUAAUGAAGGAGACUGGUUUGAAACAAUUUUUACAGUCCGAACAAUGUGAUCGGUCAAAAACGCCAUAUUCACCUUCAGAAAACCGGUGGCGUUCAGAUUGUCACGAAGAAAUAGAUCUACAAAAUCUUCCUGAGAAAAUGUCAUGCUACAUACCAGCUAUUUGCACUGGUAUUCAGUGUUGUGUUGAUGUCGAACUUAUCAAGAGAUCUUUCCAAAUAAGUCUCAGACUUGACACCUGUCGAUUUCAACUAGAAGUGGAAAUUGAGAGGAUGAAAAUAAAAGUUCCUAUUGUUAAUUAUAAGUUCGGAGAAGAAAGCAGGGUCUAUCUACUAGGAGUGGUGAGAUUAAGGUUUACUAUUGAGGCGAUCGAUGAGACCGCAUUCCGGAUAAACGCCGCCGUUGACGUGUGUUUCGAACAAACAGACACCUGUUUAUUUUCAGCAACAGUAAUGCAUAAUGCCGUAGUACCUAACAUUUUCUGUGCUUAUGGAAAAGGGUUUCAAAUACCAGGAUUUUCAUUUUACACGUGGUUAAAAGACAAUGGAAUUGAUUCAGUUAACAAUAUAGGUGAAACACUUCUAGACAGUCUAUUCAAUGUGUAUGGUAUCAGCAAAUACUUACAAACUGAACAGUGUGAUGUGCUCGACGGCAAAUUCCAAAAUGUGCAUGGGGAUUGUAAUGCCAAGCUGGACAUCAAUGUACAUCCGGAUAUGGCAUGUGCCGUAGCUGACACGUGUCUAGGAAUAUCAUGCUGCGUACAGUCGCCUAUACUAAAGCGAUCAUUUGAAAUGUCCUUCGAGAUAGAUGUUUGCAGAUAUGCUCUUAAAUUCAAAAUUGAAUCAUAUGCAUCAACUGUGUUAUUAGAUACUUCUGAAUUAGACGUUUGGAAAUCAUUUGAAUUCCAAGGACUGCUGCAAAUAAGAUACCGAUUGUUUGAUAUGUUCGAAGAAAGGUCAUUCAUUAUCGAUGUCAGUGUAAAACUUUGUCUCUCGGAUGACGAAAACUGCAUCUUGGACAUACCCCUUUUCCAUCGACAAAAUGUUCCGAAGCCCCUAUGUAACCGUGAACUCGGAUUCAACAUUCCAGAUUUUUCACUUUCUCAAUGGCUUGAAAAAGAAGGUUCGAGCAGUGCAGCUUCUGUUCUUUCUGAAGACAUGGGGAACAAGUUAUUAGCUGACUUGAGAAUAUCAAAAUACAUGCUUCGAGACAGUUGUACUUUAAAGGCACCUCAGUGGGAAUCUGAAUGUACGUCUGUCAAAAACGUGAUAACCAUGCCUGCUGGAAUUUCAUGCAGUCUUGAUAGUGAAUGCAGAGACUUGGUUUGCUGUAUUGAGUUUAAACAACUACGAAAAACACUGUCGGUUAGUUUGAGUCUAGAUGUCUGCAAGAUGAAAUUUUCUGCAAGGAUUGAAGAAAUGACAGUUCAUCAAUCACUCUUCGACGUUUCAUUUAAUACCGAACAGACUAUGGAUUUAUUUGGCAUCCUGACAUUAAAGUAUAGGAUCGUUGACCUUACAGGAGCAGAAACAUUUUCUGUCAGGCUGGGUUACAGUUUGUGUUUAGAGUCGUCAAGCUGUCCGGCAGAAACAUUAUUAUUUGAUAAUCUCCAGAUCCCAAAACCAGUUUGUGUUCAGAACAGCAAUUUGACGUUUGUAUCGCUAAAUGAGUUUUUUAAGGAUAUUGGUGCAGCUUCAUCAAAUGUUCUACAGCCAGACUUAAUACCUGUCUUUUUGCACGAAACUGGGAUGCAGAACUUUAUAGCAGAGGAAGCCUGCGAUAUAAAGCUAAGUGGAACGUCAAGCUUAACGCAUGUGAAAGAAUGUCCAUUCAUUCAACAACUAGUUGCAACUGAUAGUAAAAUAGCCUGUUCUUUUGAGCGGAACUGUAGUUCUUUGAAAUGUUGCAUAGAUGCAUCUUUCAUUCGGAGGACUAUUGCAACAGGAUUUUAUAUUGAUGCAUGUGCCAGGAAGCUCCGCAUAAAUAUUGAAAAAUGGUCUCACAGUUUAGACUUGAGUAAGAAUACAUUUGGAAAACAGCACACUGUCAGCCUUUCUGGAAUUGCACAAAUUAGGAUGAAGAUAGAUUAUAUAUCAGUGAGAAACGUUUUCGUCAUUGAUAUGCAUGUUAAAAUAUGCUGGGAUAAAACUCUGUGUGUGUUAGAAGCGUCAAUAUUGAACAGCACAGAAAUAUCGACACCAUUGUGCAACUGGAAUAAAGGGUUAAGUAUAGAAGGUUUCUCGCUCGAAAAAUGGAAACAUGGUUUCGGAUUAGGACCGGGUGAUAACAUAGAGGGGCUUUUAUCAGAUAUGCUGUUCGAACAUUUGGAAAUAUCACAAUAUUUAUUACCGGAAUGCAAGACCGCUGAAAUAAACACUUUGGCAAAUACUGCAGUGUGCUCGAAAAAUUUACCACGCUGGUUUGAUGAAAACGAUGACCUUGUAUGUGGAUUCUAUAAUUCAUGUUCAAACAUCACGUGCUGCAUAAUGGCCAAGCCUCUUGGGCGUUCAUUUACCAUCAAUGUUGACAUUCGUCCGUGUGAAUUUGAAAUAAUUAUUGCCAUAGAUAACUUUAAAAAAGCAGUAUCUAUAAAUGACUUUACACGGGGAACUGAAGACAGAAUAAGUAUGCUUGGAAUUGUUACAUUAGAAUAUUCAAUUUAUGAUGCUCAAAGAGAAAAUGAGUUUAUCAUCAAUUUGCAAUUGUCAGUUUGUCCGGACGAAACGUGUUUGUUUGAUGAAGUUGUCUUUGAUUAUCAAAGAAUACAGAAGGAACCCUGCAACUGGGUUCAGUCAUCAAUUGUUUCUGAAUUCAAUCUUACUGGCUGGAUGCAGUUCAGAGAUUUGGAGUUUGGUUCUUUCACUGAACACGGAACGCAGUAUUUAAUGGAAGAACUUGGAAUAGACACCCUGCUUCUUCGACCGUCGUGUAAUAUAGAUAAAAUCAAUAACGAAGAUUUAAAGGACACAGGCUGUUCGGUUUCAGAUACGUUUCCAUCGUUGCUGCCGCAAGCGGCAUGCCGACUGUCGGAAGAAUGCAUGACCUUAGAAUGCUGUUUAGAUACCGCCGUUAUCAACCAACGCUUCCAUGUGAAAUUCGAUUUUGACCCAUGCAACUACAAAUAUACAAUAACCAUUGAAAGGUUUACAUUUACAAAAGACAUAUUCGAUGUCGACCUUGCAACAGAGCAGACAUUUUCUCUACGAGGUGUGGUUUCCCUAAGAUACCGCAUAGACGACAUUAAAGUAGAUGGCAUGUACAAGUUUAACCUUGGAAUAAAGAUAUGUUUGGAUGGAGAAACAUGCCCAGUCGACCUCCAGAUUUUGCAAAAUACAUUGCUGCCUAAGCCGAAUUGCUUUAUGAAAUUAAAACAAACAUAUGAGAUACCAGGGUUUUCAUUGAAAAAGUGGCUGGAUAAUUUCAACAACAAUUUAACCGAUUCAAUGCUACCAGAGACUGUUGUUACAAUAUUGACGAGUCAACUCGGCAUAACAAAAUAUCUGAAAAGUAAUGCAUGCGCUAUCGGUUCUCAGAAAUAUCACAGGACUGGAUGGAUUGAUGGGAAAUGCCCAUUGAAUGUCUCCAAAGCUGAUCAACAACUGCAUGAUGCUUCCUGUUUUCUGGCAAAAUGUACAUCUACUCUUUGUUGCAUUCCGAUACCCCUCAUGGACAGAAACAUCGAAAUAAAUAUAGAUAUCGAUCCUUGUGCCCAAACUAUGACCUUAGGCGUCGAACGACUUCAAUAUUUAGUCAGUCUGAUCGAUUAUAAUUUUGGAAGGGAAGAGUUUGUGUGGCUGGCAGGAGUUUUACGGCUCACAUUCACAGUUCAUGACAUUGCAAGCAAAAACGAAUAUUUAGUUUCCCUGAAGUUCGAAGAAUGUUGGGAUUCAAAUAUUACAUGUGUGAAAAUAUACCACAUAUUUGAGAAACAGCGAUUGCCGAAACUGGUCUGCAGUUUUACUUCAGGCUACAUUAUCCCUGAGUUUUCCCUGUCCUCGUGGAUGCAUGAUCAAGGACUGAACAUAAAUGAUACACUUGAUGCUAAUCUGCGGAAAAGUCUCCUAGCUGAAUUAGGACUAAGUGAUUACCUCAAUGAAUUCGAAUGCAGUAUAGAAACAGUAGGAUGGUUGAAGGAGUGUGAGAAAAAUGUUCAGUUGCCUCAACUGAGUGACGGUAUACAGUGCAAACUCCGAGACUACUGUACAUCUGUCAGUUGUUGUGUGGAACUCGAAAAAAUUGGAUAUUUUAUGCAUAUUGCUUUAGAUAUUGAUCCAUGCAAGCAGAUAAUGUCCAUUGAAAUCGAGCGUCUGAAGAACGAAAUGCCUUUAAUAGAAUACACUUUCGGUCGAGUUGAAGAGUUUUGGUUAUUUGGAAUAGUGCGAAUAAGAUAUCAGAUAUAUGACUUGCACGAAGAAAGGACAUACCAAAUUAGUAUGAACAUAAGUAUUUGUCUUGAAUCACAGAUAGCAUGCCAAAAUCUCACAGUGUUCGAAAACACAAAACUUCAGAAAGUGUUUUGUAGCUGGGUCCCAAACAUGGAAAACGCAAAUGAUUUUUCAAUAUCUGAAUGGAUGGAUAAGUUCCAAGAAAAUAUUCAAGACAUCAACAGUUUACCAUCGUAUGCUGUUGACAUACUUUAUAACGACAUGGGUGUCGCAGAUUUCCUCUCACAAAGCCAGUGUAUCAUAGGAAUUCAUCCUUUUAGUGUUAGGGGCAACAUAAAUAAUGAAUGUACCACAUACUCUAAGACACCAAACUUUAAUGGUCCGCUAGCAUGUUAUUUGAGCUCUUCGUGUAUGUCUCUACAAUGCUGUAUUGACAUUGAUAUUCUACCAAGAACUAUACACACUUUCUUGGAAAUAAAUGCAUGCCAGGAGACACUUGUUGUUGGUAUCGAGAAAUUCACAUUUGAGAUGAAUUUGGUGAACUAUGAGUUUGGAACACAAGAACAUUUUUGGUUACAGAAAAUUUUUCGAAUUGAUUUCCGGCUCUUUGACUUGAAAGAUGAAGAAAUAUAUGUUGUUGACUUCGACGUCAGUGUGUGUCUCGAGAGCGGUAGAGAUUGUGGGAUUAAACAAGCUGUUUUGUCACAGGCGUUACUGCACAAACCUCAAUGUAGUCUUACAGAGGGGUUUAAACAACAAAAUUUUUCCAUAACGACGUGGAUGAAUGAACAUGGUUAUACAAUGGGAGAUGAACUGUCUGACUUGGAUCACUCAUAUUUGAUGUCCGACCUUGGUUUACCGAGAUACUUGAAAAUAUCCGAAUGCAUGAUGUCAAAUGUUUCUUAUAAACUGGCGAACAGCGAGACUUCAUUGUGCGCCUUAAGUCAACACAUUGCCAGCCUUCCGAAUCAGUUGAGCUGCUACUUAUCCACUUGCAAUAACGUAAAAUGCUGUCUAUCUGUCGAACCUAUCGCAAGAAAUUUUGAAAUAGGUUUAAGUGUGGAUCCCUGUCAACAGCUAAUAUCAAUUGAGAUAGAGGAGUUCAAAGUUCAGAUGGCCAUUAAUGAUUAUGAAUUGAACAAAAAGCAUGACGUAUAUUUGAAAGGCAUUAUAAGAAUAACGUUUGUGUUAGAAAACUUGGAUGGACAAAAUGCAUUUGUAUUGUCUCUUGGUGUCAAGGCAUGUCUUGAUUCAAACAUCUCCUGCUUCUUUGCGUGGACAAUUUUUAACAAAGUGAAAUUUUCCAAACGAUUUUGCGACUACACGGCGAUGAGUACUUUUCCUAUAGAAGACUUUUCUCUAUUAGAAUGGAAACUACGCAAUGACAUUCCAAUAGACUUACCCCUCAAACGUCCUUUCUCUGAUAUACUCAUGGAAGACUUGGGUUUAUCUUCAUAUCUAACUGAAAGCCCAUGCAACGUGAACCACACUAACUACAAUGAGGGGUGGAUAAAUAAUUGUCCAUACAUAAAGACACAACCUCUGCCAAAUGUCAUAUCUUGUACGUUAGACGACACAUGUUCCAAACUACAAUGCUGCAUAUCGGUAAACGCUAUUAACAGAAAUGUUAGAUUCGGGUACGACAUUGAUGUCUGCGACCCUGCAGUAGAAGUUAGCAUUGAAAAUCUACAGAUGAAAAGAUCUUUCUUUGACAUUUCUUGGGGAAAGAGUAAACAAUUGAAUUUUGGCGGCAUGGUGCGUUUAGACUUUGUAUUUUUUAAUCUACAAAAUGAAAACAUGGUCAUGACUAGUGCAUCAGUCAGUGUUUGUUUUGAAUCGACAUCAAACUGUGCUUUGCAGACAGAGAUAUUUGAUAAUUUGCUUUUUCCAAAAGAAGAAUGCAACUGGAAAAGAGAUUUCGUCAUCAAUGAUUUUUCCUUGCAGCAAUGGAUAUCACGAGAGGGUCUCACACACGGCACCCCCUUGGAUAAAUACUAUACGGCAAAAUUGUUUGAAACACUCAACCUUUCUCCGUUUUUGUUGAAAGAAUCUUGCAUAAAUGAUGCACUCAGUAACAUAUCAUGGACAUCUGCUUGUCCCCGGAGUCUCGGUGAAGGUAUGAACAAACUGUCAAACAACAUUAAUUGUAUUAUUGGACAGAGCUGUACUGAUAUUGAGUGUUGCAUUAGAGUAGAAACACUUGGUAGAACAUUUAGAACUCAAGUUAACAUUGACUCUUGUGCAUAUCAAAUAACAUUUUCUAUCGAAAACUACAAACACACUAAACAACUGUUUAAUUACACAUGGGGAGAUCCGGAACACAUCUGGCUGUAUGGAGUUUUUCGAAUGAGUGUGUCUGUGUAUAACCUUGGUGGAGAAGGCAAAUUUAUUGUCAGCCUGAAUAUUAGUGUGUGUCUGGAGACAAAUGCAGCAUGUCAUAUCCACGAACAAGUUCUCGAAAAUGCGGUGCUACCAAAAAUUGAUUGUGCAUGGGAUGCAGAAUUUGCCAACAGAGAUUUCGAUUUGGAUGCAUGGUAUUCAACUCAUGGACUGUCCCGGGGAGACGAUUUGACAGAAAAAUACAUACACAUAUUAUAUAAUGAUCUCAAUUUGUCGCCAUAUAUUGCGGAAUCGUGUUCGAUUGACAAAGAAACAUUAAAUAAUUCCAUAACCGGCUGGAUUGAUGAAUGUGAAUAUGAUAUUGAUUUACCACAACUGCCGGAAUCUACAAGUUGUCGAAUCCCAUCGUUUUGUACUGGCUUAGAAUGUUGCACGGGAGUAAACGUCCUUCGUAGAAAUGUCAAGACGUUCAUAUAUGUACAUACGUGCUUAAAUCGCCUUGAAGUUGGUAUAGAAAAGAUGAAAUACUCUAUUGACCUGAAUGGUUUUCCUUACGGGUCAGAGAAAAUUGUCAGUUUACAAGGUGUUUUCAAACUACGAUUUGCUAUAGAAGACUUCAAAAAUGAGGGAGCUUUGAUGAUAACGAUGGACCUCAGUAUUUGUUUCUCUGUUAAGAAGACUUGUAUUGAGAACAUAAGUAUUUUGAAAAAUACGAAAGUUCGAAAACCGGUGUGUGAAACGAAUAGCGGGUACAAAAUUAUAGAUUUCUCGAUGAAUGACUGGCUAGCAAGCAAAGGGCUUACAGCUGGCAAAAUAGAUGCUCUUACUCUUUCCGUGUUGUAUGAAGACCUCGGAAUAACAGCCUAUCUCAAGGACGAAGCCUGUAAUAUUCCACUUCAGAAUCAAACUUGGAAAAAAGAAUGUCCACUAGAUGUAGCAUUACUAGAGUUGACAGGUGAUGUGUUGUGCACUCUCGGUACCUCAUGCAAUGCAGUUGAUUGUUGUAUCAGUUCGCAACUCCUUCAACGUAAUUUUGCUGCGCAUCUACGAGUUGACCAGUGUAAAAUGGUUAUUGCAGUAGCUAUAGAAAAACUACAAUUUGAAAUACCACUACUUGAUUAUGAUUGGGGAUCGGCACAAAGUCUAGAACUAUUUGGAGUAAUUAGAAUGAGAUAUUCGGUCGAUGAUCUUCAUAGUGCUGGAAUGUUUCUUGUAAAUCUGGAAGUGGCUAUCUGCUUGGAGUCCAACAAGCAAUGCGAACCAGUUGUUUCCGUAUUCAACAACACUCUUAUUGGAAAGGUUCCCUGUGACUUGGACCCUGGAUUUGUUCUCCCGAAUUUUUCACUCUCGUCCUGGCUUACGACGAAGGGCUAUCCAUUCAGCAGCUACCUCGGAGAUGAAAUAACAUCAGAACUACUUGAAGUUCUCGGCGUUAUCGGAUAUCUGAACGAGGCACAGUGUGACAGGAAAUCGUCAAUAUAUAACCCAUCAGCAUAUGGAUGGAAGAAGAGUUGUUCUCUCGGAGUGAAUGUUAGUCCUUUGUCAAAUAUACUUACCUGUGACCUGCAAGAAUCGUGUUCUGCCGUGGACUGCUGCAUGGAUGUGUAUUUAUUGGAAAAAUCGUUCAACUUCAAAUUUAGCCUCGAUCCAUGUUCAAAUAAGAUAGAAGUCGGUAUUGAAAGACUCGUGUAUAACAUUCCGUUAGACGACUACAAAUACGGGACAGAAUCACGGUUUUGCUUAUAUGGAGUUAUGUGUAUGGAUUAUUCCAUAAAGGACCUGUUUUGGUCACAGAUUUAUGUUGUCGAUCUGAAAUUGAGCGUUUGCUUCGGUUUGUCGAAACCCUGCCACAUUGAAAGUCAAAUCUUUAAGUCAACAGUUUUGCCUAAAACGAUCUGCAACUGGGAAGAUGCGAAUUCAAUGCAAAACUUCACAUUAAGUGAUUGGUAUUCUCAGCGGGGAGUUCAAGAAAUGACACAGUUUCCUUCCUACCUAGCUACAGUUUUCGAAAACGAUAUUGGACUCUCUAUGUAUCUCAAUGAUGAAAUAUGUAGCAGGGAACUUUCACCACAUCUGUCGAACUCUUCGGAAUGUUCGUCAGAUUGCCCGCUGCCGAUACAUACUUCGGUUGAAAAUACUGACAUGUCGUGUUAUAUUCGGGAUUAUUGCACAUCUGCUGACGUCUGUCUAUAUGUACCAUUGAUUAACAGAAAUAUCCACGCUUACCUUCGACUUCAUGCUUGUGAUUCGAUGUUGGACGUCGGAAUUGAACAGUUCAAAUUUUCAGUCGCACUCUUUGACUUUGAAUUUGGAAACUCUAUUGGAAUUAAUCUUAAGGAUAUUUUCAAACUGACGUUCCGAAUCGACGACCUAAUAAAGAAAGGAGUAUUUGUUGUAGAUCUUGAAUUCAGUGUCUGCAUUAAAAACUCAAGUUGUGAGAAAACAUACAUCAUAUUCGACCGUACAGAGCUGCCGAAAUUACCAUGUGCAUGGGAUUUAGGUUUUAAAAAUAAGUUGAAAUGUGAUUGGUUCAACGGAUUCACCGACGCCGAAUUUUCACUUGAAAAAUGGAAAGGAGAAAACGAUGUCAGCAAUAACGCACAACUUUCGCCAAAUCAGUUUGAUAUAUUGGCGAAUGAUUUAGGAAUAAGUCAGUAUCUGCAAGAGAAAGAAUGUGCAUUUUCACCUAACAAGUCUCUCAACGGAUGGAAUAACAGAAAAAGAAUAGUGUUUGAUAUUGACGGCCUGAUAACAGUAAGGUUUAUGAUAGUAAAUCUAGAAUACAAGAACAAAUACUUAUUGGAUCUGGAUGUUGAUGUCUUCUUUGAGGCAAAUAGACCUGCUGCAAUGACUGUGAAUGUACUUGAUGAUCUAUUUGUACCACGUACUCCAUGUCAAGUCAAUGCCGGGUUCAUAAAUAAAGGUUUCUCGUUAGGCAACUGGAAAAAAGCAAACAACGUUAGUGCUGUAGACGAAUACUAUUCUAUUCAUCUUCUUGAAGAUACCGGUAUUGCUGCAUUUAUACUUCCUGGUAGAUGCACUGUUUUCGAUGGAUCAACAAUCGAUACUAACUUAUGUCCAAGAGAAGUAGAUGUUUUACAUUUCAACGGUUCGGCAUCAUGUUCACUUACUGAAAUAUGUUCCGGUAUUCGCUGUUGCCUCAAGUCCUCUGAGAUUCCAGUGAGCUUCUAUGUCGAGGUCCAAAUCCAUGCUUGUAGGAAAGAAGUGACGAUUGUUAUGGAAAAACUGAACUUCUUCAUACCAUUUGAAAACAUCACAUGGGACUUCUCACUAACAAACUGGAAAAGAGACAAGAAUAUAAACGAUUUUGAAGGUCUUGAUGAUGUUCAACGGAUGGAACUGGUAAACGAUUUGGGCAUACAACCAUACCUUAGAGAAUCAGAAUGUCAUGAAACAAACAAUACAAAUUCAGAAGAGUGUGAAGUGAAAUUAGACUUCCCGCCAUCUUGUAGUAAAAACGUGAUACUGUCACUGUAUUCUUCAUUGAAAAUGGAGUUUAUAAUCGACUACCUUGUGAUAAGUCAAUCACACGUUAUAAGUCUAAACAUUAGCGAAUGUUAUGAGUCAAAUGUACCAUGCUCAGUUGCGGUCGAGGUACUGAAGGAAGAGAAAUUUUCAUUGGAAAACUGUCCAAUAAACAAGCAAUAUCACCUGGAAGACUUUUCAUUGACGGAAUGGUCAUCUGACAGAAAUCUGAACCCUGAUGACUUACCAAUGUAUGCGAUGAAAUUACUUGAGCUUGAUCUGGGAAUAAGUCAAUACCUGCAACAAGAAGAAUGUGCAAUAGACUCAUUUUAUGAACCGUCUGGCUGGAAUUCAAGACAAUAUCUUACUGUGAGUUUGAAUGGAUUUUUAAGAAUGCAGUUCAUGGUACAUGAAAACUUGAAUAUGGAAUACGAGUUAAAUCUGCGACUUAAAGUGUGUAUGGAGAGUGCUUUUGAAUGUAACCGUGACAUUGAAAUCUUAAGAAAUCUGGUGAUUGAGAAAAGAAAAUGUGAUUUCGGACCUACAUUUGCAGUUCCAGAUUUCUCAUUGGUGGAGUGGAAAAAAGACAACGGAGUAUUAUCGGAUGAAUAUAUGAACGAAAAACAGAGAGAUGUGCUCAUGCAACAUUUGGGUUUAAACCAUUUACUACUAAAAGAACCAUGUGAAAUGAGAGAAUAUAUCCUUCAAGAUGGCUUUGAGCAGGUGGAUGUUGGAGAGAAUGCAAUAUGUGUGAGAACAACAACAGGAGACAGUAUCGACUGUUGUAUUGAAUCAAAAGUAUUUGGCAGGAAUCUAUGGAUGAACUUUUCGUUGGAUGCAUGUAAUUACGCAAUGGAAAUGAACUUGGAAAACAUACAGCAGAAAUAUAGGUUGUUGAAUUAUGAAUGGGGAACGCUGCAUCAUGUAACAACAAAAGGUGUUUGGCGUACAGAAUACAUGGUGACCAAUAUUCAGACAGAACAUUCUUUCUCCUUAGACAUUUCUAUGCAGCUGUGUUACGAGGUAGACUGCAAGUCACAAAUUAUUGUAGCGAACGAUGUUCGUAUCCCUUAUCCGUCUUGUCAAAAUGUGACAAUCAAAGACACUCGUCAACCAUAUCACGGAAUAUCGCAUGAUUUCUGGAAACAGCCAGCCUGUACUUUAGAUAAAACUACAGAACCAACAGGUUGCAAUAAUUUAGCAGAAGAACUUCAGAACAUUUGCAUGUGGACGUCUGACUGUGCAGGAAUAAAAUGUUGCACAGAAUUCCAUUUUGAGGAAGCCAGAAGAAAUAUUUUGAUAGACUUUUCGUUUACAUGCGACGGGAAAUUAAAGUACUCUGUUGAAAACAAAAAAUGGAUCCGGUCGCUCUCCAAUAAUCUUGAUAUUAUCCACGAAGAGAUAGCGUCCACAAUAUACAUCGGUAUGAAUGUAUCAGACUAUGAGAUUUUUAUGACAAUAACAGUAUGCACCGGAACACAAAACACAUAUGACUGUCAAUUGAAUUUCCAUUUAAAUGAAAGAGCAACAUGCCAGUAUCACCGUAAGCGCCGACGACGAAGUAUUGUUGAUAAGAUUUUACCAGGGAUGGAUAUCAAGAAAGCCGUUCAGCAAUUAAUUCGCCAAGGGUCUGCUCCAGGAGACAUACAGAGUUUUAUGAAUGAUGCAAUAAAAUUUCAGAAAAAUUUAAAGGCGCAAGUUUGGCAAGUUGAACAACUUAGUGACUCAGAUUCCAGCACUGGUUAUGCGGCAACAGUGAAAGCGUUAGGAGACAAUAAUCCACAAACCCUAAAACACAGAAGUUCACACGUGUCCGUGCAAGCAGAUGUCGAGGGUGCUGACAAAAUCUUGGAAAUGAUUGGAAGUGCCAAUGACAUAGUACACAGAGGUGAUCAACUGUUUGUUGUCGGAAAAGGACUUUCAAAAGAAGGAACUAGAUUAUUAGCUGCACAACUGGCAAAUAUGACAAUCGGUGACUUAGAAGCAAUGCUUGAAGUUAAUAAAGUUGAUCCAACCUUAAUUGGCAAACUGGUCCAAGACUUUAUAGAUCUUGCGAAAGCUUUGUAUUCAGAAGUGGUAGACAAGUUGUAUUCUGGAGGGUUGGGGAACCCGUUCAAAUCGUUUGAGUUUUCAUUAAAAGGACACUUUUCUCUACCCAGAAAAAGUGUAGAGUUCUUCGCAAUCGAUGAAGAUAUCCCGCUUGGAGGAUUCAUCACCUUGACUUUUGCUUUCGGUGCAAGUGGAUAUUAUGGCUUGGAUUUGGGCUGGGAAGGUAAACUAAUUGCUCAAACUGCUGGGGCCACUGUAGUGCCUUACGGAGGACUGACUUGCUACGGUGAAUUAGGAAUUGGAGCAGUACUAUACGGCAAACUUAGACUAGAGGGACAAAUUAUGGAUCUUAGGUUUCCAACACGUGCAGAAAUAGGAUUCUCAAAGUUUCCGUUAGAUGUAGCAUUGAUUAUGGACAUGGAGCUAACACCAGUCAAGCUUCGGCUCAUUGGACUUGUGACGCUUGAGGUGAAAAUUGCUUUCAUUAAAAUUAAAAAGACACUGUUUAAGAAAGAUUUAUGGCAUUACACUACACCAACAAUAAAGGAAAGAUUAAUCGACGUUUCAACAAAAGAAAAGGACGAAACACCGCCUCAGUUUUCUCCUGUUGUUAGUCGUAAAAAUAACCUCGUUAAACGGUCAGUGCAAACUUGCGAUGUCAGCCAGAUAAAGAACCGAGAUUACACUGAGCCAGCGUUUGAGAUAUCUGUUGCUGCAGCAGACGACAGGAGUAAUGUGAAGUUUUUCCUAGAUGUUGGGACUUUCCCAGCUGGAAGUAAUAUCGUCAAUGACCUUCAGCUAGGUGGUUCAGCGACGGUGUUAGCUACUACAGUAGACGAAUAUCCAUCUGGGGAACCGUUGUAUUUCACCGUAUUUGCAGAGAAUAGUGCUGGAACUAGGGCCGGAGUUACAUGUAUGUUACCGUCAUAUGAUACUACAAUUCCCACCGCAAGAGUAACACCAGGAUUUGCAACAACAAGCAAUCCAACAGUAAUCAAAGCUUCGGUGAUAAUUCAUGAUGAUUCAGAAAUUGAUAAAGUGUACACCGGUGUAGGGUAUGGGAAAGGGAGUUACGGAGACCAACUAGUUUCAUGGACAUUGCGUUACUUAACGGAAAGACCACCCGCAUCUACAAGCAAGGAUCCCAUAAAACAGUUUUCGGACUUACAAGACGGAAAAUUCGUGUCACCACCGAUUACAACAUCAAAAUGGAUAUCAACAGCUGGAGAAUGUGCACAGUCGUGCUUAGAGCUGGAACACUGCACAAGUUUCAACUACGAUUACGGUCCGGAUGGUACCUGCGAAUUACUCCGUUCUAUCCGGCAUUAUGAUGAUAUUUUAGCAAAGUCUGGUCUGUUUUGUCAUUUUGAGCGUUUGUCUAGUGGUCAUUCUCUGGAGGUCAACCAUAAUAACCUCAACAUGCAGCACAAUCGGCUCCAUUUUGUCAAUAUAGACCUCACAAACGUUUUAGGUUAUAGGUCUAUUGUUACAAGUGCAGGAAUUAUGACUGAUUUCACCAGUCCAGAACCUGGACCUGUUGUUAAUUCAUCACGAGAUUCUUUGAGUAUAGUUGAUUGUAAAUCUUUGAUUCCCCCUGACAGACCGGAUUUACAUAGAUUUUGUGUUGGUAUAUACAAAACAAGACUUAAUCACAGAACUGUUAUUGACGGCGAAGGAUCCAGAACGCUCUUUAACGGAGAUGAACCAAUGUUCGAUCUAAAAUACACGAGGAGCAACAAUUAUAUAGCUGGAAACUGGGAUGGUAUCACUGAUAAAGAAACGGGUAUUAGAGCAUAUGCCUUUGCGGUUGGACGACACAUAUGUGAAGAUUCUAUCCAUCCACAUUACGACCCCCAUAAACAUUUGAUGCAUGAAUCUCAGUGGACGCAUAUGGCUAUCAUUACAGCAACGUCGGCCUAUAAUCCUUUUCCACUCGAAUCUGGAAAGUACUACUUAUCUGUGAGGGCAGUUAACAAGGUGGAAUACGGUGGGCCGCUGGCAACAACGAUAUGCCAUAGCGUACCGUACGUCAUUGACAACACAAAUCCUGUUGUGUACGAAGUUUUUGAUAUCAAAUAUGACGAAACACACUAUGUGUUAACUGCAGAGCAUAACUCUACGGACAUUGAAUCUGGCAUUGAUUCCGUUGAGCUUUGUAUCGGAAGUAACCCGAGAAACUGUGGCCUGAUGUCAUGGACGAAAAGACUAAAAUCGCAAUACAUCAAUUAUACACAUCACAUUCCAGAUGGCAUUCCAGCUUGGAUACGUUUACGUGCUAUAAAUAACGUUGAAUUAUACGCUGUGGGCAGAGCUGAUCAAGCUAUUAUUGUUGAUGCCAGUCCCCCAUUGGCAGGGAAUGUAUAUGAUGGUCCAUUGUUCAAGGAAGACCUGCAGUAUACAAAAUAUUCAAAACAGAUAUGUUUCAACUGGAAUGAUUUUUACGACCCGCAAUCUGGGAUUUCCUCCUACGAAGUAGGUGUUGGUACAGAGGCAGGACUGACUGAUGUUGCUAAAUUGAAAACACUCAAAUACCAUGCGCACUCAUAUUGUGUGUCUUUAGAUGACAAUUCUACAUUGAUUCAUGAUCAUGUUUAUUAUCCCUUUGUCUUGGCAAACAACGGAGCUGUUAACCAAAGAAAUGUAUCAGGGACGUCAGACGGAGUACGUGUUGACCUAACAAAGCCUGAAAUGGGAUUUGUUGUGGACGGAAAGUUUGAAAGUUUCACCGAUAUGAAAUAUAGUUCAUCCAAAUCUACGGUACAGACUCAAUGGGACAAUUAUUAUGAUCCAGAGUCAGGCAUCCGAGAAUACAAUGUUCAGGUUGCAAGAAAACGGUCCGGUAGUGAUUGGGUUAUCAUUAAAGAAUGGUCAAAAUUUGAAAAAUCAUCUAAAACAGCUGAAUGGCGGAAUUUUCACCUUGACCACAAAGAUGAAGUAAAGAGCACAGUGAAAGCAACGAACGGUGCACUAAAUGAUGUUGAAGCUACGACGGAUGGAUUUAUUGUUGAUCUGACUCCGCCACUACUUGAAUAUCUUCACGAUGGAUCUUCCACUGGCAAGGAUGUAGAAUAUCAGGUCAAUUCAUCAACGGUGCUUGCUAAUUUCAAAUUCAUCGACCCUGAAUCGGGUGUUAAGCGAUUGAGGUUCCAGCUACUAGAGCAAAAUCAAGGGGUGACUCGGCAGUGGCAUCCAGCUACGCAUGGAAAUUGGAUUGAAAUAAGUGACGGCAAUGCAACAAACCAUAAAGAGUCUGGGUUAAAGCUCACUGUCGGACAUAGAUAUAUUUCAAGACUUGUAGCAAUUAACGGUGCUGGCUUGAUCUCAACAUACGAGACAAAUGGCUUCAUUAUAGAAAACACACCACCACAGAUAAGCUGGAUAAGAGUUGGGGUACUAAACGGAUUGGAGCAUUUGAUAAAUGGCUAUGUAUAUCAGUCAGACCAUAACGGAAUCAAAGUAUGUUGGUCAGCAAGUGAUCCACAAAGUGGAAUACAUGCCAUUCAGUAUUCAGUAGGAACAGCAGAAGGUUCAAACGAUGUUCUGCCGUGGACAGAAACAGAAGUAUCAACUAGCAGUGCAUAUAUCCGAUGUUCAUUGAAUAACACAGACACAGAAAGUUCUGAUGCACCAGUUUACUAUGUGUCGCUGAAGGCGAGUAACGGCGCAGGACUCUGGAGCACAGUAAAAAUAUCUUCACCGAUCAUUGUUGUCCCUGAGGACGUUACAGGAACCGUGCAUGAUGGUCCGUAUGAAGACCUAAAAGACGAUAUAGAUUACCAGGCUGAUGCUCAUACCGUUACAAUACGGUUCACCGGUUUUGAAAGCAGUUUACAUGGAAUCAUGGCCUUUGAUUGGUCGAUUGGUACGACCCCUGGUGCCGAGGAUGUACAGCCGUAUUUUGAGAAUGGCAUAAUACAUACGGAAACGGAGGAUGUUGCCGGUGAUGGUGUAUCAAGCUCUGGAUUUGCGCAAACUGCUGUUGAUCUUGAUCACGGCGAAACUUACUUCACAACACUGAGAGCUAAAACAAAUAAAGGUGAUAUACUACAAGCAACAACUACUGGUUUCGUAGUUGAUACAACACCACCGGACAUUAUGUUUACUGGAUUAUCUGAAGCAGAACCGUCAGAUUUUGAUGGUGUUAUAUAUCAAAAGGAUAGCUCAGUACUAGCAGCUGCUUGGAAUUUCUCGGACAUUGAAUAUUUAUCAGACGACAAUGACGACAAUAUAGAUUCUGUUUGGUUUUCUGUUGGAUCUUUUCCACUUGCCGAAGACAUACACAAUCGUACAUACCAAAAUACUUCGUCCGACAAUGAAGGAUCAUUACCUAUCGCAGAUGUAAAACCAACGCUUGCUGGAACGACAAAUUUAGUUUCCGUUGGAGUGAAAAACAAAGCUGGCCUAGAAAAUUCAAUUGUUUCGGUACCAGUGAUACAGGAUAGCACUGCACCAAUGGCAGGAACUGUGCAAUGUCCAAAAUUUAUUCAGAGUCACUCUGCAAUAGAGUGCACGUGGACCGGGUUUGUUGACAAUGAAAGCGAAGUAGGAAAAUACUACAUUAUAUUCGGAUCGAAGCAGGGAUAUGAUGACUUGAGAACGUCGGAAGAAAUACCUGGUGUGAUAACAAGAUUUUCCGCAAAAGAUUUGGAAAAGGAUCAUACCGAUAUUCUAUAUGCGACCGUAACGGGGGAAAACAAAGUCGGACUGUCUGCAAGGGCCUACUCGGAAGCUAUUGUGGUCGAUAAUACCCCACCGUCUCCUGGAAUAGUUGUUGAACUGUCUAGCGUAGCACGAGUCGAUCCAGAUGACGUCGAUAAAACCGUUGAAAUGAACCGAAAAGCGUGUUCCUCGGAAGAUGAAUGCCAUAGAAUCGAUGCUGUUUGCACAGAAGCGUUUACCUAUCUUGGCGUGGCCUGGACACACUUUAUUGAUGACGAAUCCGAAAUAACAGAAUACCAGUUGGCUAUUGGGACAUCGCCAGGGGGAGCCGACAUUUCACCAUUUAUAUCAUUGUCUCCGGAACUGAAUCACUAUAUUGUCAAAAGUAUCGACCUGAAAGGACAGCGAAAGGUGUUCGCAACAAUUAAAGCUGCCAACUUUGCAGGGCUCACAACUAGUUCUUAUUCAAACGGUGUAUAUUUGUCAUACUUGAGUCAAGGAAUGUCUCCCCUUGAUCAUGUUGGUAUUUAUGAUUCACACCAACGUUCUGCCGGGGAUGUUGAAUUUCAAUCAGACACAAAUUCCAUUGAGGCGAAAUGGGACGUUUCAGGCGAUCCUUGCCCGGUAGUUAAGUACGAGUGGUCAGUUGAAGAAACAGAUGGAACUAUUGUUCAGGAUUUUAUAGAUAUGUACACCAGUACACACGGAAGGACAGACCAGCUAGAUUUGGUAGAAGGUAGAAGGUACUACAGCCUUUUAAGGGUUAGAAACAUGAUAGGACACCAUUAUACCUUGCGAUCAGAUGGAGUAACGAUCAAUUCAAAUCCGAUGUUACCUGGCUUAGUGUAUGAUGGUGAUGUGACAGGGUAUGAUCUUAAGGUGUUGUCAUCCCGGACCAUGGUUUCGGCAAACUGGGAAGGGUUUGGCGAAUUACGCCGACCAAAAAGCAUCAGCGAAAUACUUACUGGUAACAAAGGCAUUGAUGUCAAACAUGAAUCUGAUCCGGAUCAAGAAGUAAGUUACUAUCAGGUUGCAUUAGGAACGGACAGGCGCUUCGACAAAACAAGAGACAACAUUGUUCCAUUCACAAACGUUGGCCUUAACAUUUCGGUAACAUUCAAAGAUUUAGAUUUAGAACCGGGAUUUGCUAUGUACUAUUUCACAGUGAGAGCCUACAGUGCAUCGUCCACGUCUGCAACAAUUACAUCAAAUGGAUUUUACGUCAGUUUUGAUGGAGGAGUUUCUGCUGGAACCAUUUACAUGCCCGAUUUUAUCAGCUCGGACACGACAAUUAAGACUCAAUGGAAUGCUUACAAAUCAAAUGUGGGAAUUAUGUUGUACUACUAUGCCAUAUCUGAUCAUCAAAAUUCUACCUCUGGGGACUGUAGAAAAUAUGUCGACGGCGGGAAAGCUACAGAUAAAGAAAAAAAUGAAUUGUUUAAUCUGUACCAUGUAACAGCUGUCGGCGUUAGUACAUAUAUCGACAUAAACGAUCUUAAGUUGCAGCAAAAUUCAACAUACUUCAUAUGGAUCAUGGGUGUUGAUAAAGCCGGUGAAUGCAACAUGACGUACCACAGAUUUACUGUUGAUGUAACAAAACCAGAGAAGGGAAAAAUCACUGCUGGACCGUACUUUAACAUGGAGUUGGCAUACACGAAUUCGAACUCUGAAAUUCCAGUACGAUGGGAAGGAUUUGUUGAUAAGGAGUCGGGUAUUGAUUUAUUUAACCUCAAGCUUUGGUACGAAGGGAGCUGCACUUCUACACAAACAAGAAAGCUACUUACGACUGUCGAAGUGUUUGGAAACUAUACUGAGUAUAGAUUUUCUAAUCUUAGCAUAGAGAAAUCUGCUGUGCAUGUGGUUAAAAUUGAAGCCAUAAACCGAGCAGGGUUGAUAUUAUCAACGGAAACUUCACCUAUUGUAUUUGAUGCCUCUGUUCCAAAGGCGGGUCACAUUACAGGCGGUAUGGAUUACACGAAUGGCAUUGUGUGGUGGGGGUUCACAGAUCACAUGAAAGGAACAUUGCUACAUAACCCUGUACAUGUUGCUGAGCCGUGUCCUUCAAGACAAAUAUCAAUGUUGGACAAUGGUUGGAGUACAGUUGAAAUAAAGCGACUGAAUGAUCCUGACGGAGUAGACUGGACAAUCCAACACAGAGACGUUAAUAUACACAAUGACACCUACAAUGACGAAGUUAGCAUUAAGAUUUCAAGAGAUUCUAAAGCAGAACGCGUUUAUUCAGCAGCAUAUAUGAGAAAGGCAGACAUGAAAGACGGCGGAAAUUAUGAGUUAUCAGUUCGUGCUGCUGAUGGAAAUGGUAUUGCUGUUACAGGCGUUACGUUCUGGGAUGGUGAUGAGGGUGAUCUACAUAUCUUUAAUCACCAAACUAAAAUUUGGAAUGAGCUGGGCUCAUGUAGUUGUUGCCUAGAAUCCAACAUAACUGACUGCCACUGCAAUUGCACUGAGUACCUGAGUACACUGGGAACGUAUGAUGGAACUGUGAAUGUAAGUAGGGAAAUAAAUAGCACGACACAUACAGCUGGAAAUACAAAUAUAGUGUCACAACAGUCUUGUGGAUUACAGAUAUAUACAGGCGAGUUUCCGUAUAUUGUGACAUGGUGUAAAUUCUUCAACAACACUGGCGAAAGCAUGUCUGUUAGAUCAGAAAUAGAAUUCAAUCCAACAUCAGAGUUUCAUCUCUACAAGAUAGUCUUCUAUAUAGUGAAGGAAGAUAUAACGACAACAACCUGUGUAAACGUGUUUGUUGAUGGAAAACAAUUAUCAGAGAUGUGCGGCGUACCUCGUUUAAGCGUUAAUACUAAACUAAUUUUACACGUGUGGAACAAAGACAAUAUAGUUCCUUCUUUAGAUGUUUUCAAUCUAUGGCAAGCAAUGGCUACUUUCAAAAAUCUCCUAAUGCCGCCAGAUGUCCACGCUUUAUGCAGAUUUGGCAAUCCGUUUCAAGCAGGAACAAAUGCAAUUGUUAAAUAUGAAGCUGGUAUUGGAACAACCCCAGGAGCUGUGGACAUGAUUCCAUUCCAAGAAGUGUAUAAACCGUGCAUACCAUGUACAGACGCUUGUUCGCAUUUUGAAUGUGAUAUAGAGUGCAAGUCACGUGGCAAUAGCUUGGUACACUUUACCAUUAAAGAUGCAGAAAUGAACGUAUCUUACGACAAAGCCUUAUAUAUUACAGUGAAAGCAGUCCUUGGAUCAGGAACAGAUGCUGUAUCGUCAUCCAAUGGUUUCUAUAUUGACCUGACACCGCCUGUAUUCGAUGAGGAAGUAAUGAUGUAUAUAGAUGUACGACAGGGAGAUUACACUCCAUCCGACUUUCAAGGAUCGAAUGAUACCAUUAAAGCGCUUUGGCUUUGUAAUGAUGACAAAAGCGAGAUAGCAGAAUAUGAAUGGGCUAUCGGGACUUCUACCGGUUUUGAAGACAUUCAGCCGUACACGUCAACUGGAACUUUCUCUACAGGCAUCAAUAGCAAUUUAGAAGGACUCCUCAAACACAAUUUUACGUAUUAUGUCAGCGUAAAAUGUACCAAUAUGGCAGGCUUAACCUCUUCAUGGGAAGACACGAAAGGUGUGACAGUACUUCUUGAAGCUCCCGAUCCUGAUACAGUAAAGGCAGCUGUUGUUGGCGCCGAUCACUUUCGUGAGAAAGUUUUCCCGCCAACAGCCGUCAAGUCUACGGAUCCUAGUUCAUGCGGUGAAUCUUGGACAGUUAGCACAGAUCCAAACAUUAAACGUUAUGAUUUCUGUGUUGGUAGUACUAUGGACAAAAUAGAUGACGUAAUACCUUGUGUUUGGGUAGGAUAUAACAGGUCGGGCAUUGUUGAAAUCAAAAAUGGUUAUCUAGUUAUUGACAACAUCCCGUAUCGUAAAGUUUCAGAGCUUCGUGUAUUAAGCGAAGGAAUGUACGAUUACAGUACAGCAAACGAAGAUGAUAAUACAUUCCGUAUGGAAAGCGGCAGGACAUUGUUCUUAUUCAUGCGUUUAUGUAACAAAGCGGAGAUGUGCAUCGACAAAUUUGUGAACUCUCUACUUAUUACUGACGAAAAUUCUGUAUUGUUUAAGAGUGAAUCUGGAAAGAGAAAGAGCUUUCAGUUGAAAGAUAUCCAGACUAGCAGAGUAAAAAGAAGCUACUCAGAUUUAAGCAUUGAAAUGCCUAAUGGCAUGACAGAUGGUCAAAGUAUUUUAUUCAAUGAGCUGACUGAAGAAAAUAUGACAACACGCUACGAUUCUGUGGCAUCAACAACGUUUAAGCCAUACAUCGUCAAUCCAGAGAAUACUUUCAAUAAAUCGGAAAGGCUUCUACAUAGACGGAUACAUUCUUUUAAAGUGUCAUUUACGCUAAGUCCUGUUGGCCAGGAAUCUUUGCCUGCUCCAUUAAAGCUUACAUAUCCGGAAACCAACGCCACUGACGGAAACGUCAAUACAAUAACAAUGGUUAUUCAUUGGAACUCUGGUAAUGUUUUUUAUUUCAACAGGAUUUAUGAACUGAUUUUUGUUUGUCUAUUUAAAAAGAAUAUUUGUAACACACGUUUGUCAGCUGACAGCAUGACGGAGAAUCAAACGUAUUUUGGCAUGGAGACCCAGUUUGCACUAUCUACAGUUGCAGCUAAAAUUGUUAACAAUCCACCAGUUUUCAUUUCAACCACUAUUAAAAUAGAUGAAGAUUCAGAGGACACACAGUUUCAACUUAUGGCAACGGACUUGGAAAAUGACCCGUUUACUUUCAGUCUUUUUAACGAAAACAUCAUGUAUCCGUUCGGAAAUAUAUCAAUGACUAGUAGCGGGAUUUUGACGGUUUCAUUGUGCCAAGACUGCUAUGGAACAUCCACGAUUGAGUUUUACCUUGAGGAUAAGCCUACAUUCGAAGAAAUAUUACCAGCUCGCGCGAAGUAUUCCUUAUAUAUUGACGUUAUUGCUGUCAAUGACCCUCCUAGUAUAAAUGUGCUAUCACCAAACGGUAGGAGCAUGUUACCGGAUGAUCCUACGGAAAUCAUUUUCAUAUUUAGAGAACAAGACGGUCAACCUAUAUCCGAAAUAGCUGCAGCUGUGAUAUCUUACGACAUUGAUGGACCUCAGACCCUAACCUUGAUAUCACAUACAAGUAACACAUCAAACUCAUUCCUUGUGCAAGAUGUCAGUUAUGGCGAAAUGAUGAAUAAACUGUCAUGUAAACAUGAAAAGUGCUUGAUUCCGGAACACCUUGUAGACAACCCAACAAGCAUAGAAUGGAAAGGCGUUUUAAUCAACUAUUCCAAAGAAAAUACUUCUUUUGUUGGCUUAGAAACAGUUAAACCUGUUGCACAGGAUGAGACUGGGACAUUUUCUGAUGUUGUUACUAUCACACUUGUAGUAAUGGAAAAUAAAUGCCAACACGGAAUAUGCAAGAGUUUAAAUCCUCUUGAAUAUUCUUGCAAUGAUACAAGAAGGGCAGAAAGCUUUGACUUAUACUAUACCUGUGAGUGUCCAGAAUCUUGGAAAGGGUCUUACUGUGAGCAUGAUGUGGACGAAUGUGCACUAGGAUUCUGUGAAGCAUGGAAAGUCUGUCAGAAUACAUUAGGAGGUUAUGAGUGCUAUUGCAAAACUACUGACAUUAUCUGUAAACUUUCACUGGAUGUGUGGGAGUUUUCAGUCAUUGUUACAGUUGUAAUCCUUGUCCUCAUUGUUGUUUUGGCAGUGUUCAUUGUUCGGAAGCUGAAAUCACAGAAGAAGGUAGCACCGUUUCCUUUGGAUACUGGAAAAGAAAGUACUUUACCGACAGUCCCCGUGGUUACUGAAAAUAUCAGUGUCGAUGUACACAAAGAUACUGGAAAAGAAAGUACUUUACCGACAGUCCCCGUGGUUACCGAAAAUAUCAGUGUCGAUGUACACAAAGCCGAGGAGGAUUCAGAAGACGAUGAUUUUGUACAUCCAGCACCAAGAUUUAAUAGGUCUCAACUUGCAGCCGAAAUUGAACAGAGAAAACACGAAUUAGAGAAUAGGUAUGACAUUUCAGAGGAGGACUUGAAUAACCAUCCAUCGCCGCACCUGAUUACGAAAUUCCGCAAACGAGCCGUCGUACCGGACCAUACACCAUGGAAAUAUCGUUCUGAAUUCAAGCUUUUCUCGGGCACUGCCAGAAUGGAUAAACGAAAAGUUGAGGAAAGAGCAGAAGAAACAAGGUGUGACCACGAGUACAAUAGGAACAAACCCGUAAAUGAACAGGCAGACAUUGAAAACACAAAAGACAUUGAAGCCAAUAUUCAUGUUUUUCCAGAGAUUUCAAUUUAGAAGAGUCAGUGCUGAGGAAAAAUGUCAACAAAGUCAUUAAUGAAAAUAUUAACUAUAUAAUUUAAUAAAGAAAUGUUCAGAAAUAGUGAUGAUAGUUAUACAAAUGUAGCAUAUUUCUGUAUUAUUCAUUUCACGGUAUAAGUUUAUUUCUUACUGUCAUAAACAAUUCUAUCAGAAAUUUCGAACAUUUCCGGAACGAUCUUCGUAUUCAUGGAAAGUGAUUUAGGUGCCAUCUAAAACAAUAAAAAAUGAAUAGCGAAGUAAAUAAUAUCUCUCUCAUCUAAAAGUUAAGCUAUUAUUUACCGCAAGACGCCUAUGGUCAUUUUUAAUUAUUUAAUACGAAUGUAUCUGCGAGCAUAAGACAUUUAAGAAUAAAGAAUGAUAAGUUGCUUCUCUCAAGAAAUAGACGAUGGGUGAAUAAAACACAACUCUGUCGAAAGUAUCAUGAAUUGUGGGUUGAACACACUAAGUGCUCGAAUUGCUUUGUGAAUAUUGUGAAAUGGUACUUUGAAAAGAGGGACGGAUAUCAUCAAUGUGUAUGAGGCAUUGUUCUUGUUUUCGGUGGCUUUAAAUGUAAAUAAUGAUCUUCCAUAAUUAUAACAGACAUAAUAAACAGAAAAUUCAUGUUUUUAUCACUAUUAUACGCUUGACUUCAAUAUUAACGUUUAGAGAAAUAAAAAAUCAUACAACAGUGAUAACUUUGUAUAUGUAUUAUAUUUUAUUUGUGUAAGCUUAGCUUAUUGCAGACUGUGCGAUGUAAAAACUGAGCUUUUAAAAACUACUUUCAGUUAACCAUAUCUUCAUACUUUGUAUGAAAGUUUUAAGUGUUGCCUACAUAUUAUAAACAAUAAAUGUUAGUCUUAUUUUACAUCCCAUUAGGCACUUGCAUCAUUUUGCUUUACAAACAGUUCAUACUAGUAUCAUGAUUGUGGUGUAUUUCUUCAAUUUCCUUUAGGCUAGUCAUUUAUAAUUUCCCAUUCGCAUUGCAUGAAUAUUUGAGAAUGUAAACAUAUAUUACAAAAUGUAUUACAAUAUAUCGUCAUUUAUUUCAAAAAGACUAAACUAUGAAUGUAGAUUGCGUCAGUAUGUAUACAUUAUAUAAAUAUUGAGUUUUCUAAAUUACUUUAUAUUAUUCACUGCUGUGCAUAGUCAGUUUAACUUGCUGCUCGCAUAAUAUGCAAACAUGUAUUUUUAUCCAUUAGAUCGUACUCCUUUACGUAUUAUAUAAACUGGUUUACAUAUUUUGAGUUUGAUGUUUUUUGUUUGUUUGUUUUCUUUCACCAUAAGUCCAUAACUAGGCUACGAAGUCAAUUAAAGAGUAUUAAAAAAGGUUUCCAGUGAUGUAAACUUUUGUAUAUCCUUAAAGUCAAUAUUAAUAUUAUCUUUGUAGAAAGUUUGAUGUAAUGCUCGCAUACUCUACUAUAGCAAACAAUAUGAUACAUUUAUUUAGUAUCUUUAAUUUCAGGAGACAGUGGCAUUGUACUGUUAUACGUAUAAAUGAUUUCAUAUCAUGACUUAGAUAUCUGCAUGCUGUUUUUCUACUAUUAAAGCACAAAGUAAAUUUAACGCAUAACAUUGUUUUAUUUAUUUCUCCGAACCUUGUGUUCUGUCGUUUCAACGCAUUGUGCAGAUCGGCACCAUUUUCAAUAUAAAAACUUGACGCUAAAGAGAUAUGUUAGGCUUCAAUUGAUCCAGAGUAUCCAUUACUGAGUUGUUCUUAGCACGUUUCUGACGUAACGACUUCACACGAUUGAGCGAUAUAUGACAAUUUUCCACAAUUUUUAUGCCUAUUUUAUCUUGGAAAUGUCAUUCAUAUAUAUAUACAUAUUAAUAGCCAAAAUGAGUGUUUAAAUAUACGCAAUGACAAUUUUAAUGUGAAAUAAACUAUGUAUAUUUUCAUUAAUGACAUAACGUAGACUUAUUAUUUGGCGCCAUGCAUGUGCCGAUAAAGAGUGCUACUGUUUCAUUUCAAAGAAAUUUCAGAAAUUUCAGAAUCGAAAUGGUAUUAUAAAGUUGAUUUACCAUAUUUGGUGCUUCCUUAUUUCGUUCACUUGUUUACAUGAAAUACAUGUUAGAAUCGGAAUAAAAUAAAGCAGAACCAUCUUUUAUUUUCUUUAAACACUUUGUCGUGUUCAAAUAUAUUUAAAAGAGAGUCACAAGUUAUAAAAAAUGAUAUUGCGAUGCAUAUUGUUAUGACACUUUUACAAAUAAAACGUUUCUACGUUUUACAAUAUUAAAUAAAAGAAACCAUUAUCUAUCUCAAAUGGAAAUGAUUCAUAUCCAAGGAUCAAUUCUCUCUACCAAGAAAAUUACGUGUGGUUAUUCAAAUUAAAGUAAACACGAUAUUAGAUGUCAAGGCAUUGCUGUCUGCGUUAAAGUAAUUUUGAUAAAUAAUGUUUACGUUACACAUUUUAUCUGCUUUACGGUUGAAAUAUGUAAUAAGACUUUUUUUAUCAAAUGCAUGUUUUUUUUAAUUUUAACCUACGUUGAAUAAUGUGUAAGGAGUAUUGAAUAAUAAAUAUUAUACCGUCUUGACAUGUAUUAUUUGUUUUAGUCACCAACCUAAUACUUUAUGGCAAUUCAAAUUAAAGUAUUCAUAAUAUAUAAAGCUGCUUGGUUACACUUAGUUAAACGAGUACUAGAUAAAAAUGCGUUUGAUUAAAUGAAUAAUUGUACAUUCCUUUUCUAUUUUAAUUUUAUUUAGAUGUUGUACGAGUAUGUUGGUGACUAUGAAAUCAU